CAGGAGCGGAUUUCAGAGGUAGAUCUGAUGUACUUGGUGGUCGAUCUCAAUUACUCUUCUCAAGAUCAUGAUGGCCCUUGAACGCAAAGCCAUCCUUUUCAAAUUUUCCCUUGUUGUGCUGUGGAUGAGCAACAAUGAUCGAGUAUGCAACUUCCAAUUUUGUUGAUGAGAACCGGUGUUAUCUGCCCCGUAGAGAUUUUCUUAGAUAAAUGUCAGAAUUUUCAUUACUGAGGAAACAAUACCAGAGGUGGAAAGCAAUUUUUAGAGUUCUCUACGAUAUUGCUAUCCUGUAAGCCUCCCUUGACUUUAUGUUGCUGAAAUGACAUCUUUUGAAUCAGUAUGAAUCUGCCAGUCGCAAGAAAUGAAAGUAUGCAGAGGAACUGUGAGGCCUCUAUAAAAUGCCUCCAGAAUAAUGGAAUGCCAUUCAGUCUGCAACAUAGUGGAAAUUCUGUUGAUGGUUUCCAAGAACGUACGGAUGAAAUCAGUUGUUAUAGCAGGAAUGAUAUUCCUGAAACAAACCACCCAUUGGUUAACAAUUUUAUUGAACGUCCAAAUGAAUUUCACAACAAACCUGCUUAUCAGCAUAAUUCUGGAUCAUGGCCUGCCUUCCAUUUUGACUCUCAAAAGGUGCAGCAGUGCCAGAUGAGUGCUUCCGAAUGCCAGUUCUACUCUUUGCCAGUGGAGAAUCGCUUCCAUUAUGUUCCUUUCAAAAUGUUUGAACAGAAUUACCAUUGUGAUUUUCGGCUGCAAGAGUUUCAAUAUUUUGUGGUUAUAGACUUUGAAGCAACAUGUGACAAGGAUAAAAAUCCCCAUCCUCAGGAGAUAAUUGAGUUCCCAUCUGUCAUUGUAAGUAGUGUGACUGGCCAACUCGAAGCUUGCUUUCAAACGUAUGUGCGCCCAACUUGCAAUCAGCUCUUAAGCGACUUCUGCAGGGAUCUAACUGGCAUUCAGCAAAUUCAGGUGGACAGAGGUGUUACUCUCAAUGAAGCUCUCCUCAGGCAUGACAAAUGGCUUGAAAAGAAGGGGAUAAAGAACGCAAAUUUUGCGGUGGUAACUUGGUCAAACUGGGAUUGCCGAGUCAUGUUAGAGUCGGAAUGCCGUUUCAAGAAGAUUCGGAAGCCUCAAUAUUUCAACCGAUGGAUCAACUUAAAAAUUCCAUUUUGUGAGGUUUUUGGUGGACAACGAUGCAAUCUAAAGGAAGCUGUUGAGAUGGCAGGAUUAUCUUGGCAAGGUCGUGCUCACUGUGGUCUCGACGAUGCCAAGAACACUGCACGUUUACUCGCCCUUCUUAUGCAUAGAGGCUUCAGAUUCUCCAUUACCAAUUCAUUGAUGUGGCAGACUUCUGACUGCCCAUUUCAAUGGAAACAACAACCCCCAGGAGGCGUUACAUUCCCGCCGCAACCGCCAUUGAAAUCAAAGCCUAUGCACAUUCCCAUCUUCCAUUACCACCCCUACUGUAUCUGUGGGGUAAGGAGCAGCCGAGGUAUGGUUCGGAAGCCAGGACCAAAGCAAGGGAGUUUUUUCUUUGGCUGUGGGAAUUGGACUGCCACCAAGGGGGCACGAUGCCAUUACUUCCAAUGGGCCUCUCCCUGAUGCAUGGAAAGAUUUAUGAAUCUACUUGUUUGAAGCGUUCACUAAAGGAAUUUAUGUAAAGAAAAGAAAAAGAAAAAAAAGGUUGUAUUGAAAGAAAUGAAGCUUGAUAUCUGUCUCCUGAUAGAAGGUGCUUGGGUGUGCUUGGUGAGGUUUCUGAGUCAUACAGAACUAAAAAGAGUUGGUGGUUGAGUUAUGAAACUAUGGUCCUUCAAAAGUGGCGGUGCAAGCUUUUUGGAGGCUUCCCAACUUGUAAAGCUGACUUGACUUUAUUGACUGGAGAACCUAUUGGGGAGUGAGUUGCGAGAGUUGAUGGGUAGUUUAGGAUGAUGCUUUUCUAAUGAUCGAUUAGGCAUGCAAUUAUCUGAAGGAUCUUUUGGAUAGCUAUCCUUCGCUUUGCUUUGCUUUGCUUUUUAUUCUUAAUCUUAAUCUAAUGGCAAUCAGUA